GUCCUCCGGGGAUGGCUUCGUGGGGACUCCCAGUCACGGGGGACCCGCCCCGUUGGCAGCUGUCGGUUGCCGCCACCUCUCUUCCCGACGAAGCCUGUGGGCCGUAAAACCCGCCGCGGGGUCGGGGCGCCCGGUUAUCCAGCAUGGCCGGCCGCUGCCCGGGGUGCUUUCCGGGUGACCUCCGCGGCCCUGGGCGCUACGGCCGCAACGCACCUCUUCGUCCUGGGAGGGUGCAAGUGGGGGUGCCUGACGCGGGGGUGGGGUGUGGAGCCGGCAGCAUUGGCGGGUGCGGGAGGGCCCCGCCCCUCGGCUCCAGCCCCGCAGACGCAGACGCCUCCGUCCCCUCUGCUGACAACGGCCACCCCUCCCCCGCAGUCAAAGAGAAGCUGCGCCUGGACCCUGACAGCGAGAUCGCCACCACGGGCGUGCGGGUCUCCCUCAUCUGCCCGCUGGUGAAGAUGCGGCUGUCCGUGCCCUGCCGGGCGGAGACCUGCGCCCACCUACAGUGCUUCGACGCCGUCUUCUACCUCCAGAUGAACGAGAAGAAGCCCACCUGGAUGUGCCCCGUGUGCGACAAGCCGGCCCCCUACGACCAGCUCAUCAUCGACGGGCUCCUGUCCAAGAUCCUGAGCGAGUGUGAGGAUGCCGACGAGAUCGAGUACCUGGAGGACGGCUCGUGGUGCCCGAUCCGCGCCGAGAAGGAGCGCAGCUGCAGCCCUCAGUGCCCCAUCCUGGUGCUCGGCACCUCGGACGCCAAUGGGCUCCUGUCCACCCCUAACCUCAACGGCGGUGGUGCAGGAGGCCCCGCGGGCGGGGGCGCCGCGGGCGGGGGCGGCGCGGCGGGCGGCGUGGAGAACGGGAAGCCGGGAGCCGACGUGGUGGACCUCACGCUGGACAGCUCGUCCUCGUCGGAGGAGGAGGAGGACGAGGACGAGGACGAGGACGAGGACGAGGAGGGUCCCCGGCCCAAGCGCCGCUGUCCCUUCCAGAAGGGCCUGGUGUCGGCCUGCUGACUGCUCACCGCCACCGCUGGCCGGACACUCGACUUUCCUGGUGCUCACCCACGCGGAUGGGGCGCAGGCGGGCCUCGGGGUGCAGAGGGAGGAGUGAUUUUUUUUUGGUUUUCUUUUUACUGUUCAUUUUGUUUUUCCACCCCUUUCCCUGGCUCCCGGCACCUGUACCUCUGGACUCUCCUAUCGGAGGAUUAAAAAAAAGUAAAAUGACAAAAAAAGUACAAAAAAAAAAAAGAAAAA